AUGCCGCUAGUGCCUCGAUACACGUGGGAGGAAGACGCCUCCAGCCUCGCGCUGGAGCUACAUCUACCAGGGACAGCGCUGCGAACUAUUGACAUUUAUGUAAGCGACUUGGUCGUUAAGGUCAACGCUGCGCCAUACGUGCUGCUACUAGAUCUGCAGGAUGCCGUGGAUGACGCGUCUGCCGUUGUAAAAAACAUCCCAGCGUCGAAUUUGCUUCGGAUCUCCUUGAAAAAGCAAGAGAGUCGAAUGUGGAAACAACUGCAGUAG